CGCUAACUUCCAUGGCGGAACUCAGUGAGAAAGUUCAGCAUGUCCUGAACGAUAAACAUCAGAAAUAGUCCAGUUUCUUGCUUGGAUCGUCACGGAGUAGUUCAAUUCUGACCACAAGAACUCGGACACUUAUCACCUGACAAACGGUCUUCCAUAUAUGGCGUAAGAUAGGCAAUUUCACGUACGUUGAUCGCACUGAUUAUUGAUCUCAUCGAAUCGUCAACACUGACAUUCACAGCAGCUGUAUUAAGUGUACAACGCACAGGAAACUUACGACGUUUCACAUUCUAUACACUAAAUUCAUCAAAAUGAGCACUCCGAUUGGUGGCCGGAAACGCACUGGUACUGGGGCUUCGAGUCGGACGUACACGGCAGAGGGCGAAGCAUUGACCCACAUUGCAAAAGAGGCGGAGGCCAGACUCGCCGCGAGGCGAUCGGCGAGGGCUGAAGCCAGGGAAAUCAGGAUGAAGGAACUGGAACGACAGCAAAAAGAGGCCGAGAAGAAAAUGGAUGAAGAAUUUGCACAGAUCAGUGAUGAAAAAUUUGUUGGUGUCAAAAAUAUUGCCAAGCAACCUACAGCAAUAAUUAAUGCCAGAUCUAUGAUGACGUCUUCACAGAGCAGUCUCAGCAGUGGGACGUCACAACGAGACAAUGAAGAAAACAUACAGGAAAUUACAUCAGAUGAUUUGAAGGAUGCACUUUAUGAACUAGAGGACAAAUAUAAGAAAGCUAUGAUGACAAAUGCACAGCUGGACAAUCAGAAAGCAGCUCUUAUUUACCAAGUGGACACUUUAAAAGAUGUUCUUGAAGAACAGGAGGAAUGUAUGCAGGAGUUACAGAGAGAAGCCAGGGAAAAACAUAGGGAUUUAGAAUUAUGCAAACGUGAGAAGAUGAAAUUAACAUAUGAUGUAUCAGUAUGUAAAGAAAUGUUGAAACAAAGAGAUGACCUUAUAGAGGAGUAUGGUUUAGUGUUGGUUGGAGGAGAAACUACAGAGGAAGACGUUGAUGUCUUAGAUGGAGAAGACCCAGUAUUAAGCCCUGCUGCACUGGUCACGCCUGAUGGGGCCCAGUUAUUAGAAAAAUUAGGAGAUGGCAGUAUAGAUUUUAAACUUAAAAAACUUGUUGAAGAAAAAGAGGAAAUUUUAGAGCAGAUUAAAAAAUUAAAAGCUGAACUUGAAGAAGAAAAGAGUAAAAAUAAUCAAGGCGAUAGACUGCGCAAUACUCCACUAUCUCCCAUGAAUGGUCCAGAUUUAGAGUUACUGGAAUUACAGAGGGAAACUGGUAAACAAGUCAAUGAAUAUAAAAUGCGAUUACAAAAAACUGAACAAGAUAAAUCAACUCUAGAAGGCAAUAUUAUUAGGCUAGAAAGUCAAGUGAAGCGAUACAAAAUAGCAGCAGAAAAUGCUGAAAAAACAGAAGAUGAAUUGAAAGCAGAAAAACGGAAACUUCAAAGAGAGCUGAAGAAAGUGCAGGAACGAAUAAUGGAACUGGAAUUAGACAAUAGUCGCCUUAGUAAACGUGUUGAAAGCCUGAAAAGUCGAAGCGCACGGAACCAAGCUUUGCUCUGAAACAACCCUUCGCUUGCAUAAAUCAAGCCCUUGGAUUUGUGACCAGGUUGAUAUUUUAGACAAACUGAAUGAUAUAUUUGUUGUGAUUGACACACACAAGCUAACUGUUAUGUGCAAUGCAGUUAGAUGCAGGCAUGGUUGUAUGAUACAGCUGUAGUUCUUGGAUAUACAUGUAGCUGUGGGAAGCAUGCAUUGUGCAAUGGAGGUGGAAUGCCAAUCUUAUGUGCAGUUCUCCAUUAAGGCUUUGAGAUUAUCUUGGGAUAUUGCUGUUUUCCAACGGUGCAAAUAAUACAAACUCCAAUAUCAGGAGAUUGAUGACAUAAAUUACUCAAUCCAUAUUCAAUAAUUUGUAAUUGGUUUACAUAGCACAUGAGAUGGCUUUUCACAAUCCAGAUAAACAAGUAGAAGCUGAGAAUGGUAGCCCUGAACCCACUCACCUUUUUUUUUUUAAUAUUUGUCACCAUAAUUUUAUUUCAUCCAUUAGGCAAUAUUUCUAAUUUAGCAAAUGGAAUUACUUGUACAGCCAAUUCCAGCGGAUUUCUUCCAUUUUAUUUUUAUAGCUAUUCCCAGGUGUUCUGGCUGUUCUUCUAAUCAUAAAGUUUAUAUAUUUUUUAUCUAACAUAAUUGUGUCAUUAAACCCCCGCCAUCAACCCUUUAUAUUUAUUCCACUAAUAGCUACACUCCCACAAUUUCCUACUGAUGUUAUAUUCACCUUUCUCUUUCCACUUUUUCUUACUUUUGUAUGUGUACCCAUCCCUGUGUGGUGUCGUGAUAUAGCUAAGGGCAGCCAACGAUCAAGUCGAGGCACUUGAAACAGCCAAUGCCCAUCUAACAAAGCGAAUUGAAAAAAAGAAAAGCGGGCGAAGAAUCUGAGCCACUGAUGCAGCGUGGAUAAUCCUGUCGAGUGAUGACACAUCCUACCUGUCAGUUUUCUAGGCUGUGGUGUUUCGUGGAAACUGGUCGUACUCUAAAGCCCCAUGCUUUGCCAAUACAGCUUUCAACAUUGAACACGUACAUGUAUUUGAUAAUGUGUUAAAACGAUUGUAUUAUUUUGAUUUAAUACAAAGCAAUUUGAAAAUAAAGAUGACCAGAUUUACUAGAACAGGGAGUCACCUAAAAAAAUAGGAAUUGCCAAAUAUGCUUCCUUUCAGUGCUAAAGUUUGGAUAUUUUAUACCUAGUGUUGAAAAAUAAACUAAUUCACUUAUUUGCACUUAAAUCCAUACUGUGUUUUUGCUCCCGUCCCGCAUAUGUUCUAUGUGGUUUUCACGAGAAAUAAUUUCUAUUCCCACCAUUUUUUGUGUAUCUGUUGCCUAGUUGUUUUUUUUAAAUAUUUUAACAGUUGUAUUAUUUUUAUGUUGCAAGAUGGGAAAAUCAUCCAUGAAAACAAAUAAGUAAAUUGACUCGGCAGUAUUUCCAGUUAGAAACGCAAUUUUUGCUCCAGAUGUGUUCCCAGUGGUAGGGCGCCCUCAAACACAUGAGCUAUGAGAACUUGUUUAUUAUUUUUUUCAUGUCUAGUUAUUAGGCACGGGUAAUUAGCAUACCUGAUAACAAGUUAUGAAUCUUAAUUGUCUCGUGCAAUGAAGAUGCAAUGUUUAUAUUUUUUACUGUUGUACAUGUACGUUCAUACAAUUUAAUGGAGUUUUACUUUUGUUUCACAAACUACAAUCAAUUUAGAAUUACAAGAGGAAAAUGUAUUGGAUCUUUUAUUUUGAGUCGCAGUUUUUGCCAAAUUUAGCUAUUUCAUCCCCACAUUUGUAUUACCUUCCGAUGAACUGAUAGUUUUAGAAUCAAAGCAGGAAUUUGUAUUUAACUUUAUUGGGAAAUUCCAGUGAAUUGUCAUUUGAUUCGUAUUAUUAUAAAUUUUCACCUCAAUCAAAUGUAUUUGAUUUCAUUAAGGUAGAUGAUUUGGAGUGUUAAUCCCUAAUAAUUAUCAAAAACAAAAUGUGAUUAUGAUAAUCAUUCUUUCAUCUACAACCAUGUGUGCAUUUUUUCCCCCUAACCAAUAUCAAAUCUUAAUAGAAAUGCUCAUUUGUAAUUUGCUUAAAAUGACUAUUUUCAUACCUGUAUUAAACGCAUGUUUGUUUGUGCCGAAUGUACAUGCUUCUAAAUGCAAUUCAUAGAUCUUUCUAGAGCCUUGCCAAACCUAGUAUUAAUUAUAUUGAAACAAAAUUGCAGAUAGAGUAAACUAUCUAGGCAAAAUUGUAAUGGCGGUAGAUUUUCUCUCUGAAUAAUUCAUUUGGGAACUGGGGCAGAUGAUUUGUAUUGAAUUUUAUGUCAUUACAGAAGUGGGGAUUUCCUAAAACAAAUAAGAAUGCCAAUUACAAGUUUGUAUUUAAUAUAUUAGAGGUUUUCCACAUGUUGUCAGCUAGAAUAGUACUGGAGUGUGAAUUCCCAAUUUCGAUUUUUCAAAUCAGUAUUUUUUUUUUUUUUUGAA